AUGAGCCUUGGUUUCUCGAGAUUAUGUCCAUCAUUUAACAAUGUUGUUAACGACCCACUAUUAUUGUCUUUCUUCCUUCAAUAUCUAAGUUCAACAAAGUUGGAAAAUAUUUUCCGACUCUGGUUAGAACUAUCCAGUUGCAAAAGUCGUAAAAGUAAUAAUCAGGAAGAAUUCGAUUUUAAAUCAGAGGAAAAAGUCCUUUCUGAUGAGGAGCUAGACAAACUUCGAAAAAUGAUAUCAGAAUUAGCCGUCAAUAAUGUGACGACUAUUUACUUUCGCUACCUUUCUCCUGAAGCCAAAUUGGCAGUUGAUCUAAAUGCAGAACUAUUAUCUCAUACCUUAUUGAGGAUUAUAGAGAAUCCUAAUAAUAUUUUGGCUUUGGAACCGUGUUUUCGAUUUGCCGAAUCUAAACUUCGAUUGAGUUUAUUCCCCGGUUUUCUUAAAAGUGAGCUAUUUUCUCAAUUUUGUUCUGAAAUCAUAAUCAACGAUCAACUCACUUUAAAUGACGUAUUAUUUGAAGAAUCUCUUUUGGUUUUCUUCGUUGAGUUUCUUGCUGGUGAUCCAACUUCGACUUUAUUGACUUUCCUUCUGGCUGUUAAUGCAUAUAGAAAAGAGUUUCAUGAACUUAUGCUAAAGCAGGACCAUCAUGAAACAAUCGAGGAACGAUAUGGUCAACUUCUUCAUGAUGCUACAACAAUUUGUGCUAAAUACCUCUCUCCUGCUUCAGAUGACUUUAUGGGUCUCACUCUCGAGCAAUAUCGUGACGUCCUAGACUCAGCCUGUUCUGAGAAAGAACCCCAAAUUAACUGCUUUGAUGAUCUUUAUAAAUUGAUUUUUAAAACUGUUGAGAAAAAUAUUCUUCCGUCGUUCUUUCACUCUGCCCCAUUUGAGCGAUAUCGAGGCAAUUUCAUGAAGAAAUCGGGUUAG